AUGCCCGUGGACAUUGCCGAAGAUGAGACUGCCAUUCAAAACAAACGUACAGCCAAUGGUUUUCUCAAACCACCAUCACUCAUCGUUAAAUUAAUCUGUGAGUUAUUAGGUACGCUGAUCUUCGUCUUUUUCGGCGCUGGUUGCGCGGCUAAGCAACCUGGACUUCUACCGGUUUCCACGGCACAUGGCUUGGUAACGAUUUGGCUUGUGUACAUGUUCGGACCAGUGUCAGGUGGACAUUUCAAUGCUGCAGCAACACUAGCAUUUGCAUUCGCUGGCAAGAUGAAACUGUUGGAAAUUCCCGGCUAUCUCGUAGCACAGGCUAUUGGCUCUCUUAUUGCCGGUGCCAUGCUGUUGUGGCUCUACGGCAGCGGUUCUUCUCUGGGGACACCGUCACUGGCCGAAGGUGUCACCGUCUUCCAAGCUUUCGGUAUCGAGUUCCUGUUGGGUGCUGAUCGAGAUGGCGCAGCAUUGAAUCCGUGGCGUUGGCUGGGACCAGCAGUGGCCUCGAGUACCUAUGAAUAUUAUGCAUGGAUCUAUUGUGUGGGACCCGUGGCCGGAUUCCUAUUGGGAUACGGAUUCGCAGAAAUUGCGAUUAUGAAUAUACGUCCUCGAUUCUACGCGGAAAACUCACAAUGUGUCACACAUUGUGAGUCCCACUAUCACUAUAACACACAUAAUGUGUGUUAGCCGUUAAUGAUAGUGUGACAGUUUUUUAGCGUGUAUUAUCGUCUAAGCUUGAUUAGGCGGAUUUGCUCUUUUGAAGAAACCGAUUUUUGUCUUUUACAAAGAGAGUAGGCAGUUUUCGGAGCAACGCCAAAAAGUAAUGUUACUGCAUGUUUUAUUAAUAAUUUAAUCGAGAUUUUGUGACUGUAAUAAGGGUGGCACUUUACCGAUCAUUUCCAGAGUAACGGUAAAGUGGUAUGUUUUAUUUUCAAAAGUAAAGAUUAGAUAUAUAAUGCAUAUCUUUUCUUUUCAAAGAAAAAGAAAGCGAUAUCUUUUCUUGCUUUUGCGAAAGAAAAUGACUUACCUUUCUCAAAAAUAGAAAGAACAUGGAGACAAAAUGUUUCUAUUUCUUUUCUUUCAACAUUUUGGUUUGGUUGAAAGUUUUAUUUUUAAAACCUAACGGUGUAUUUUUUCUAACUUAUUUUCAUAAAACAUAAAAAACGAAACAACCUUUUUUGAAAUGAUAAGAAAAUAUUUAUUUUCUUGGAUGCACAUUCCACUCCUCACGAAUCCUUUUCGAAAAGUUAAACUUUUUUUUGCAAAACUUGAAGUGACCCAUUUAUGAUAAAUAUGAGUUACCACUAAAUCGAUCAUGGAACAAGACUACGACUUUAGCGCUGACAAUCAUAUGCAAAAAAAGCGUAAAACCUUGAUAUGAAGCCUCUACUUGAAUUCAAGUGAGACAUCCAUAAGGUGAUCGAUAAAAAUAACCACCUUACUCUUUAUUAACAAUUUGUGUGUCAAUUUUAUGCUGUAACUUUAACUUUUCAUUUUACUUAAUGAGUCAAAUUUGAACACACAUGAUCUCUGACUAUCAUGACCUGAAGAGAAAGCCGGAAAGUCAUUCUAGUCAAAAAGAGUUUAUCUAUC